AUGAGUUCAAAUUGCUCACAGGAGAAUGAGGACGAAGCAAAUAUAAUAGACGGGAGGUUCGAAGGUUUGCUAAAAUUGAAGGCGCGAAAUAGCGCCAUGAGCAGCGGAGCCGCUAGCAGUCAUUUGAGCGGCAACGUGGAUGGCAACUUUAGCGGUAGCCUUGGCUGCAACGAGGGUGACGCCUCUAGUAACACCUACUACAGCGGCAACGGAGGCCCCUACAGCAAUGCCGCCAAUAGCAACUACUAUGGUGGCGCGAACAGAAGCACACCAGAAAAUGAAGAAACACACGGAGGGGAUUUCUCGAACGUGAAGUUUAGCCAAAAUGGCCAGUACAAGAGGUAUCAUGACUUUUACAAUAACAAAAACUCCUUUCAACAUUAUUUGAAAAAAUUAAAAGCAUGUAGAAUAGACGCAGACGAACUUCGAAACAUUCUAGAAAAAAGACUCACCCUAGAGCGUGAGAACCAAAUGCUUAAGUCAAUACAAGACGAUGAUAAGAAAGGGUUUGGAAGCGAAACGAAUUCCUCUUCGUCCAACCAUGAAGGCUUACACCUUUACAGGAAACUUAAUUUUUUGAACAAAAAUAAUAGAAGCAAAUCUAAGAAUAAAAACAGAAAGAGAAAGAGAAUUAACUCCAAAAUUGACAAAAAAUUUAUUAUAAAAUGCCGGACUUGUAAGUACGUUAACCCCAAUGGUUUCAAAAUGGGGGACUACUACACGUGCCAGAAUUGUGGGUACAACGACUUUUCCGUUUUGCGGUCCAGUUCCCCCAACAACGGGGAGUAG